AUGAGAGACGCCUUAAGCUUCAGUGCAGCAGCAGCGGCAACUGUACCGAAAUUACCAUUCUGCCAACUUGGUUCAUUCCCCUUUCUUGAUCUUACUAAACCCACUCUCCUCCCUUAUAAAACCUUCUAUUCACAUCCCCUCCCCUCUUCUUCUCAUCCUCCCCAUCAUCAUCUGCCCUCUCGGAAUCCUAUUUCCGCCUCUCUCCGGUUCGUCGUCGCCGCCGCCGCCGCCGCAGAGCAAGCAGCAUCCAUGGCGGCGCCAUCCGCUGCAGAGUCCAAGCCCUUCUCCGUGCUUUUCGUUUGCCUCGGCAACAUCUGCCGAAGCCCUGCCGCGGAGGCCGUGUUCAGAGACCUUGUCCGCAAGAGGGGAUUGGAGUCCAAAUUCUGGAUCGAUUCCGCCGGCACCAUCGGCUACCACGAAGGUAAUCCAGCGGACUCAAGGAUGAGGGCAGCAUCCAAAAGGCGUGGGAUCGAGGUGACUUCGAUCUCGAGGCCGAUUCGCCCCUCCGAUUUCAAGGAGUUUGAUCUCAUACUAGCCAUGGACAUGCAAAACAGAGGUACGGAGUAG